AUGGACGGCGACGAUGAACUCAUCGCCACGGUAUAUCGCAAGAUUGACCGGGAGAAAGCCCUCAUUGCUGCUGCGACGAAUAUGAGGCAGUCAACCGACAACCCGCUUGUGCAGCAGCGAGUCGAUGCCAACAUACGGGAUGGACGAAAGAACAUCGCCUAUCUGGAAGAGAAGAUGCAGGAACUACAGAUUCGGAAGAUGGGUCGUGGAAGCGGUUCUCCCACUGCAACAAGAGGAGGCCAGGGAGAGGGGCCCCCCAUACCCCCAAAGGAUGGAGGUGCAUACCGUGGUGAUCAGGGCGGCUAUGGAGAUGUUGGCCCUGGAGGUUAUAGUCAGGCUGGAACAGGUGUUAUGCCUCCACGGGCUCCCUUCCACGACCCCCGCCCAGACGCUGCCGUGCCCAAAGCACGCCCGAAUUUCAGCAAAUUAGAUUUAAUUAAAUAUGACACGCCAUACCUCGGGCCCAAAAUCCAACUUAUGCUGUCGCAGCUUGAGUUUAAAUUGAGUGUUGAGAAGCAGUAUAAGGCUGGUAUCGAAAAGAUGGUACGGCUAUAUCAGGACGAGGGCGAUCGAAAGAGCCGGGCCGAUGCAGAGGGUAGAAGGAUUGAAAGCAACCAAAAGAUACAGCUGCUAAAACAGGCGUUGAAACGAUACGAGGACCUUCACGUGGAUAUUGAGAGUUCGUCGGAUCACCCAGAUGACGAAAGCUUGAAUGCUCCCAACAUGCGCAAGCCUUUGACUGGCCAUCUUACAAUCAAGAUCCACGCUGUUAAGGAUGUUGACCAUGCCGCCGGAUCUAGAUUCUCUAGAGGUCCAGAAACCUUCGUGAUCAUGAAAGUGGAGGAUACGGUGAAAGCCAAAACCCGAGCCACCAGAUCUGAUAAAUGGACGGAGGAAACGUUUAACGUCGACAUCGAUAAAGCAAAUGAAAUUGAACUUACCGUGUACGAUAAAUCUGGUGACCGGCCCACACCCAUCGGUAUGCUUUGGAUACGGAUAUCAGAUAUCGCAGAGGAGAUGCGUCGAAAGAAAAUCGAGACAGAAUUCAACGCCUCUGGGUGGGUUUCUGCGGACAAAAUGGACCACGGAGCCAUAAGGCCAGACACCCAGUUUCAAGGGGGUUCGUUCCAACAAGGCCAGCCUGGCAGACCUCAACCGCCAGGUCAGGCCCCUAUGAACCAAAAUGCAACGGUUAUGGUUGAUUCCUGGUUUGCUUUGGAGCCAGUUGGAAGGAUCAACCUUACCAUGAGCUUCGCCAAACAACUCAAGGAUAGACGACCAUUUGAUAUCGGUCUUAACCGACAAGGUGCCGUUCGCCAAAAGAAGGAGGAGGUACACGAGAAACAAGGUCAUAAAUUCAUUACUCAACAAUUCUACAACAUUAUGCGCUGUGCCCUUUGCGGUGAUUUUCUCAAAUAUGCUGCGGGCAUGCAGUGCGCGGAUUGCAAGUACACUUGUCACCGAAAGUGCUAUCCAAAGGUCGUGACGAAGUGUAUUAGCAAAGCGAACUAUGAGACCGACCCAGACGAAGAGAAAAUCAACCAUCGCAUUCCACAUCGAUUUGAGGGAUACUCUAAUAUUUCUGCUAAUUGGUGCUGCCAUUGUGGUUACCUGCUACCUUUCGGGCGAAAGAAUGCUAAACGAUGCUCUGAAUGUUCCCUUACCUGUCAUGCUAACUGCGCUCAUCUUGUGCCGGACUUCUGUGGAAUGUCGAUGGAGGUGGCCAACCAAAUUCUAGAGACUAUCAUCAAAACGAGGAAUAAUAAUAGAUCUAGCGGUACUGCAACCAAACCUCCUCGCCCCAAGCCAGCUUCCAUUGAAGGUGGACCACGGCCAUCUCAAGAUAGUUACGGCGCACCAAAAAUGUCUCCCUCUGCAGAAGCUGUCAGUGCAGCCAAUACCUCAUACAUGCCGCCACAGUCUCCAACUACAACAGGGCGUCCCGCUGCACCUCCACAUAGCCCUUCAAGCGCCGCAGCCGCCGCAGCUGCUGCCGCAACAGGAAUGCGCCCACUGCCACAGCAGACUGGUUAUGAUAAACUGCCCUCAGACUACCCCGGGGUUAAAUCCGAAUCUGCGUAUGACAACCGUGAGCAGGCCAGGUUGUCCCAACAGCAACAACCACAGCCACCACCACAUUCUCACUAUGAUCCUGGAGCUUAUGCCCGUGUUCAAGCACCGCAACUCCCUUCAAUCCAAAUUGGCCAUCAACAAGCAGGGCACCAGUAUUCCAUGGCGCUACCACCCCAGCAACAUCAGCAACACCAACAGCAGCAAACUCCGAUUUCUGCCCAUCCCUCAGCGCUUGCAACGAAGGAGCAGAUGCCUCCUGUUUCUGCCCACCCACAGAAAAAGGCAGGGGCUAUGAUUGGAUUGGAUCAUUUUAACUUCCUUGCAGUUCUUGGUAAAGGAAACUUUGGUAAAGUUAUGCUUGCUGAAUCAAAGACGAGUAGGAAACUUUAUGCCAUUAAGGUGCUGAAGAAGGAAUUCAUUAUCGAAAAUGAUGAAGUGGAAAGUACCAAGUCGGAAAAGCGAGUGUUCCUGAUCGCAAAUAAGGAGAACCAUCCGUUCUUGCUUAACCUGCAUGCUUGUUUCCAGACGGAAACUCGCGUUUAUUUCGUAAUGGAAUAUAUCAGCGGUGGUGAUCUCAUGUUGCAUAUCCAACGUGGUCAAUUUGGUCUCAAGCGAGCUCAAUUUUAUGCUGCUGAAGUUUGUCUGGCUUUGAAAUAUUUCCAUGAGAAUGGUGUCAUUUACAGAGAUCUCAAACUCGACAACAUUUUGUUAACUCUCGAUGGGCACCUUAAAAUUGCUGAUUACGGUCUGUGCAAGGAGGAGAUGUGGUACGGUAGCACCACGAGCACAUUCUGCGGAACUCCUGAAUUCAUGGCACCAGAGAUUCUCCUCGACAAAAAAUAUGGCCGAGCUGUCGACUGGUGGGCUUUUGGUGUUUUGAUUUAUCAAAUGUUGCUCCAGCAAUCACCUUUCCGUGGAGAGGAUGAGGACGAGAUAUAUGACGCCAUUCUCGCGGACGAACCGCUUUACCCCAUCCACAUGCCACGGGACUCCGUUUCGAUCCUGCAGAAAUUGUUAACUCGCGAACCAGAAAUGAGAUUGGGAUCUGGUCCAACUGACGCCCAGGAGAUCAUGUCCCAUGCGUUCUUCCGAAACAUCAACUGGGAUGAUGUCUAUCACAAGCGUGUUCCACCACCUUUCUUCCCAAAGAUUACCAGCCCUACCGAUACCAGUAACUUCGACCAGGAGUUCACCAGCGUCACUCCCGUUCUAACCCCAGUGCAGUCUGUCCUUACGCAAGCGAUGCAAGAAGAAUUCCGCGGCUUUUCAUACUUUGUAGACUGCGACUAA